UGCGCAUUGAAACAUGAUCACACAGUCUCAUGUCCACCAAAAUCCCAGUCCGUGCCGUCCCUCGGUCGUUGUACGUCUGUCGUAGCUGUCUUCAACGUUUGCGCAGCUAUGAUGCAGUCCCGGCAGCCUUCGCUACCAGUCAGAAACGAACGAUCAGCAGGAACCAUGUGCGCAAGAUCCAGGACGCGGAGGAAGAAUGGCGCCGGAGGGCUAAAGAGAUCGAGGCUGGCAGGAUGAGGUCCUUGCUGAGUGUCCUGGAAGAGAGAGGUUUCAUCAACCAAGUCGUCGGGUCGAGGGAAGACCUGGAAAAAUUACUAAUACAUCGUCGAAUUGGUGUCUACGCCGGGAUUGACCCUACAGCAGCCUCUAUGCACGUUGGACAUAUGGUUCCCUUCAUGGUGCUCGGCUGGUUCUACAUUCACGGCUAUGAUACACACUUUGUUCUAGGCGGAUUCACAGCUUCAAUUGGUGACCCUAUUGGACGGACGAGUGGGCGAGAAGUCAUGACUCCGGCCACGCGAAGAGCGAACAUUGCGUCCAUGCAUGCCCAACUCAAACGGCUUGGAGCCUCGAUCGAAAGCUACGCGGAACGGAGAGGGUACCAGAAAGAGUGGGCGUGGCGGAGAGCUUUAGACAAUAAUGCGACAUGGUGGGCAAAUACAUCUGCACGGGACUUCAUGUCGAUGUUGGGACGGCAUGUACGCAUUGGUCCCAUGUUAGGUCGAGACACAGUCAAGACUCGAAUGGAGAAAGGCGACGGCAUGUCCUUCGCCGAGUUCAGCUACCCACUCGUCCAAGCCUGGGACUGGUGGCAUCUAUACCAAAAAGGAGUGCAACUACAAAUCGGUGGAGCGGACCAGUUUGGGAACAUCCUUGCCGGCGCGGAAGCCGUCAAGAUGAUCGCAAAGGACUCGCAAGACUACCAGGCGGCGGCUAGGCAAGUGAAGGCCAUCGAUGGGAAAUAUGAUGUCGAGGUGACUUCCGAUCCGCUCGGCUUCACUGUGCCUCUUUUGACCACGGCUUCUGGGGAGAAGUUCGGUAAGAGCGCAGGAAACGCUGUCUGGCUCGAUCCGCAAAUGACCAGCAUCUUCGAUUUGUAUCAGUUUUUCUUACGGUCUGCCGACGCUGACGUGGAGAAAUAUCUCAAGUUAUUCACCUUCUUGCCCUUACCAGAGAUUGGCCAGAUCAUGCAAGAGCACGAUAAAGACCAGUCGAAGCGUAUUGCACAGCAUAAGCUCGCACGUGAGUUCGUCGAGCUGAUCUACGGACUCGGUGCUGCGGAGCAAGCCGAAGCUGAGCAUCGAAAGCUCUACAGCAAGACGCUCACGAUCAGCGACCUCGCUUCGAGUGUGGCAGAAGCGAGAGCUGGCUCAUCAGAGACUCCUGAAUCGAGGACAGAGGAUUUUGUACAUCCGUCGUUGAAUAAACAUGCUCAACCACUGAAGCGAGAGGACAACACUCAGACUCGUGUCAAGUUGCCCAAAGCCUUGGUUAUUGGCAAGCCACUGGGACAGAUCAUGUGGGCGGCUGGUAUGCUGUCCUCGAGAGCAGAAGGACAUCGCUUGAUCUUGGCUGGGGGCGCGUAUGUUGGCGCGACUGCAGCAAAGGGCCAGAUGGACGAUUCUCUGAGCUUUACGCCUAUCCAGGGUAACUCUGCGGAAGAAGCGGCCAAGUAUAUCAUUGACGAUCAUCUGCUGAUAUUACGAGUGGGCAAGUGGCGAAUGAAGAUCAUCACCAUCAUUCCUGACGAGGAAUACGAGGCAUCUGGAUUGACGUGUCCUGCUUGGGAACUGCUAAAGGCUGCUGAAGCGGAAGCCUCUGCGACAGGUACACAGUUCAAUUCGGAAGCCAAAGGCGACGACGCACAAGCAGUCCAAGCACCCCAUGCAGAGCAGGCUAGAGUCGAGGACAGCGCAACUGCUGAGGGAAAGGGUGUAUGAAAGGGUGGUGACAGUACUGAGCGCCAUCGCUGUGUAAAUGUACAAGACCUGUAUAAAAAGAGGCUAUCUUGCCCGUCAGUGUAGGAUACCUAGUUAAUGACUAUGCCAAUCAACUCUCGA